AUCGAUGAUUGAAUAAUUGAAGAGUGCUUAUGUUGAGACGAGACGUUCCUUCCUAACCUCUUUGGACAUCGCUUGCGGUACUUUCGUAAACCGUGUCCAGCAUGACGAACGUACACACGGUGAACAGUAUGAUCAGCAACAGGAACCGCGAUUGUCUCGAAUGUAGACUGCUGAGCGGAGGUGGCCUCGUCGCCGCCGGUUUGUACGUUUGCCAUCACUCCAAACAGUACCAGAAGCAAGUAGGAAAAGCAGUGAUGUACUCAUUUGCCUCUGUGCUGGUACUCCUUGGCACAGCCAGGAUGUUGGACUUGCCACCCUUUCAAGACAAAUUUAAACGCAGCUGAGGAAUAAUUUACUUAGUAAGCGUAAAUCUAUGGCAUUUUAUUGUGAUUGCACAUAUAAUGUGAGUAAUGCGAAAAUAAUAUACACUUAUUGUUCCUUUCUUAUAUGGCCUAUCUGAUAUAAGAUUUGUCUAUUGUAUCUCAUAUAAUAUGGUUUAUUAUAAAGAAUUAAUUUAAAAUAAUUAUAGAUAUUCCAAUAUAUUUCCUAUAAAGUUAUUGUAUCUUGAUAAAUUUUAAAGAUUUGUUUUAUAUAACUAUUUUAGUAUUUCAUCUAAUUACCAAUGUUAAGUUAUAAACAUGA